GGGAGCUCAGUUUACUCGCCGCGGUCAAGGUGGAUGGCACGCUGGCCAGCCUUCCUGUCACCGUCAAUACACCUGUGAAAGCCCGUGUAAUUGAAGGCACAAGCACUUCAUUUUCGGCGUGUGAGGUUGUUUCCCGUUGCAGGCGCCGUACGAAUCGUGAUGGCACCAAAAGGAGAUUUAUAAAGGCAGUGUUUGCAGAUGACAUAGCACAGGUGCGGGACCGCUGGACAGAACCCGAAGAUCAGAUUUAGAGAUUGUGGGUCGUGUGUAAACGUCUUUCUAGUGAUUGUUAGAAAUCCGUCACUGAGGAGAGUGUGAUUACAUCGGAUACGAACAAAAGAAGUUGAUUAGACGAACAUAUCCCAGAGCCUGUAUAAGGAGGACUGUGAACCUUCCCCCUGAGUGCCGGGCUCGCUGUUAGUGAACGAGAGAGAGAGAGAGAGCGAGUUGACACUUGGCCUCACACACCAGGAUAACAACGGUGAGUUGCCACGCCCUUGGCAGGUUUAAAUCCCCUUCGCACAGUGUCAAAACCCGGUCGGUCGUCUCGGAGGGAACGGCGGACAGUUAGCGCGAGAGCUCGAAGGGAGUGGCGUGGGAAGGCGACUCAAGACAGGGGCCCGGAAGGCUCCAGGAGAGAGCGGCCGCGACCCUGCGACCAGAAUCCCAAUUGCUUCGAGAUUCGUAGCAGCACCUUUGCCCCAGACGCUCCGGAGGUCAAGCGCUCUCGCAUACCUCCGGCGGGAGAAAGAUCAUGAGGAGGUAGCAGCAGGAGGACGCCAUCAGGAGGUCGGAGAGGUUCCUUCGGGCGGUUAGGAUGGACUGGCGAGGAUGGAGAGCGAGGCUGGUGGUGAUGGCGGUCGCUUGGCUCGCCGGCGCCACGGAAGCCAUGCAGAAGGAACAGCGUCUUGAGGAAUCGGACAAUUUCAUCGGCUAUGAUGAACUGGUGGAUGCCACGGACAGGUUUAGCAUCACAGGCGUCAGGAACUACAGCGAGCUCCUCUUCGAUCCAACUAACUUCCAGAUCGUCGUUGGCGCCAGGGACCACGUGUUUCGGCUGAGCAUGGUCGGCUUGCAGGUGCUGGAGGCGUCAGACUGGGCGGCGAACAAGAGCACGGUGGAGAUGUGCACGCUGAAGGGCCAGAGCCAGGACGCGUGCCACAACUUCGUCAGGGUCCUGCACCUUCACCGUGGAAGAGUGCUCGUGUGUGGCACCAACGCCUUCAGCCCCCUGUGCACCUGGAGGAGAUUAUCAAACAUCCAUCAUAUCGAGUCAUGGGACAAGGGCGUGGCCAGAUGCCCUUUCAACCCCACCCACAGCGUGACGUCACUGCUUACAGUCGAAGGUGAUCUGUAUGUGGGAACGCCCACCGAUUUCUCAGGUCGAGAUUCAGCCUUCAUGCGCUCCCUGGGCCCGGGAGAGAGCCUGCGGACACACCAGUAUGACCUGAAGUGGCUUUCCGAACCCACCUUCAUCACCUCAUUCGAGUCGUCCGGCUUCGUCUACUUCAUCUUCAGAGAGAGCGCGGUCGAGUACCUGAACUGCGGGAAGCGCGCACUCUCAAGGAUCGGACGUGUGUGCAGGAAUGACUCGGGAGGGAUGCGCGUUCUCAAGGAUAACUGGACUACGUUCCUGAAGGCGCGCCUCACGUGCACGGUGCCCGGAGACUUCCCCUUCUCGUACGAUUAUGUCCAGAGUCUCACCUACUUGCCGAGGGAACAGAUGCUCUACGGGGUCUUUUCGACGGCAGAGAACAGCAUUGUAGGCUCAGCUGUGUGCGUGUAUACCAUGAGCGCAGUCAACGCCUCCUUCGACGGGCCGUUCAGGUACCAGCCGUCGCCCUCGUCGGCGUGGGUGCCCGAGACAGCGGACCAUCACCACUUCCGGUGCAAGGGCUCCGGCACCAGCACGGAGGCCGAUUUCGCGGCUGACAAGUUCCAGCUCAUGGAUAAGCCUGUUGUGCCGAGAAGCGCUGACCCUCUCUAUAUUCUGAAUGGAGAAAGACUAACUCACGUGGCUGUGGACGUGGUAGCUACGCGCCUCAGUGGCAACAUCCACGUGGUGUUUGUGGCCGGCGAAGGAGGCCUUAUACGCAAAAUGAGCGUCGUCCCUGACACAGAACACACCUGUCUACUAGAAGUCCUUUCUCCGUUCCCGCAGAAUUCUACCAUGAUUAUACAUACCCUCAAAUUCCUCAAGGAUACUAAUUCACUCUACGUAGGCACAGAUAGUGAGGUGCUCCGUGUGCCAGUACACAGAUGUGGCAGAUACAAAACGAAGGCUGCGUGCUUGGCCGCGAAGGACCCCUACUGUGGCUGGGACACCAACAGGCUGGAGUGCUCUCCCCCUCCUGGCAAGAACCCCUUCGUGCCUUCGUGGGUGCAGGAGGUGAUUGAAUGUUCUCAAACUACAGAUCCAGUUAACGGAGGUUGGGGCCGCUGGUCGUCGUGGUCUUCAUGCAAGCAGUUAGGCUCCAGCGACCCGUGCAUGUGUCGCCACCGAGUGUGUGACUCGCCGCGCCCGGCCCGUGGAGGUGCCGAGUGCGUUGGUGCCAGGACAGAGGUCUCUAAUUGCACGGUGCACGGUGGAUGGACUGCCUGGUCGUCUUGGUCCCAGUGUUCCGCAACGUGUGGCAUCGCCGUCAAGACGCGCCGCAGAACAUGCUCCAACCCGGAGCCGAAAUACGGUGGUCGCGUCUGCGUGGGGCAAGAGCGCACAGAAAUCUACUGCCACACCCUCCCGCACUGCCCUUCUUACACGGCCCUCCCUGUGGACGGCGGUUGGAGCGAGUGGGGAUCUUGGAGCAGAUGUACCGCUACCUGCGGAACUGGAAUCCGGAGAAGAAAGCGUUCUUGCACCAGGCCCGUACCCAAGAACGGAGGCGCUUCUUGCACGGGGUGCGGGGAAGACGUCGAGACCUGUGGGGACUGGUCUUGCCCGGAGACCAGGAAGUUGUCAUCGUGGACCCCGUGGCUGGCACUCAAUGCUUCAGGGGACACGAGCAUCCAGAAGCGGUAUAGGAUCGAGUGCAUAGCCACAGGGGACCGUGACAAUCCUCUCCGCACGGGCAGUCUGCGUCAGGAGGAGCGUGUUUGUGCCCACGGCCGUUGUUACAAUUCGCACGACUCUAUCGACAGCAGCGGAGGAUGGUCGGACUGGGGCGAAUGGACCAAGUGCGACGAGCCCUGCGACGGUGGCAGGCAGUACCGCCACCGAACAUGCACCAGCGGCACGUGCACAGGGACCUCCACUUUAGAGAGAACCUGUAAUGAGCAUGCCUGCAGUGGGCUGUGGACGUGCUGGAGUGAGUGGAGUUCUUGCUCUUCUCCCUGUGGACCCGGAAUCCGACAGAGGACGCGGCGUUGUGCCGCCUCACAUAACGCCUUUGUGGAUGCCUCAGACUGCAUUGGGCUGCACACCAGUCAGGAGCCCUGUGAACAAGUGCCAUGUGAAGGUGAGGAGGGAUGGGGCUCGUGGGCGCAAUGGUCUUCCUGCAGGGACGGGGAAGAGAGGGUACGUCGACGCCAUUGCCUGUCCGACCAGCCCAGCCAGUGUCGCGGCCUUGACCAACAACGGCAGUCAUGCCAGGAACUUGAUGCUGACAUUACAGUUAUGGAGGUAGCUGUGAGUGACAGUUCAAGCGGAGUAUCAGUGCAAACACUCGUAGGAUCCUGCCUGGCAUGCCUGCUGCUGGGCGCCCUCCUAGGGUCCCUUGCGACGUACCACGUCUGUGUCCGACGGCGACACAGGAGAGUGCCUUCGUCCCCUCACUACAUAUCAGCCAAACCGAACCACUACGUGAGCGUCCCGGGAGCGGACUGGAAGGGGGACCAGUCGCCAGCGAGCACGCUCAAAAACGGCAGCAUCAAGAAUGGCCUGCGGGCAGCCAUCACGACGCUGCCUCUGAAGGAGUUCGACACGGCCACCAUCAAGAGAUCAAGCCAUGGCUCCUACGGCAACGGUCACCUCAGAGCCGACCUCGACUCUGAUACCAUUUUUAACUUCUAACGGAAAUGACUUGCCACGUCUUCAGUCGUACUUGGUGCUAGAGGGCCUCCGCAAAGGCCGCCUCUCCCCUUAUGUGCUUAUGACACAACACCUUAUUGUGAUAUUUGCUGUAAUACUUAAGUAAUGCUGUGAGCUAGUGUGGUAUCCUGCUUGUGAAUGGGGACUAUACUGCAUUAUUUGCAUGUAUGCGUGUAUAUAUACAUAUAUGUGUGGAUAUAUCUCUGUACAUACAGUAUCUAUAUGUGUGUGUCGAUGUAUUUAUAUAUGUAGAUGUGUGUGUUUGUGUGUAUGCGCGUAUGGAUAUGGAGAGAGAGAGAGAGAGAGAGAGAAUGAGAGGACGAGAUAGAAAGAUAGAGAUAGAUAGAGAUACGUAGAUAGAGAAAGGGAGAGAGAGAGAAAGAGAGAGAGAACUAGCUGUGUGUGUGUGUGUAUGUGUGUGUGUGUGUGACUGUAAAUGUGUGUGUGUGUGUGUGUAUGUGUGUGUGUGUGUGUGCGUGUGCGUGUGAGUGAGUGUGUGUCUGUGUGUGUGUGUGUGUGUGUGUGUGUUUGCGUGUGUGCGUGUGUGUGUGUGUGUGUGUGUGUGUGUGUGUGUGUGUGUGUGUGUGUGUGUGUGUGUGUGUGUGUGUGUGCUUGUGUGCGUGCGUGCGUGUGCGCAUAUAUGCAUGCACACCAUAUUCAUACACAUAGUGUAAGUAAAUGUGUUCAAAUGUGUACGUCCAUAUACACAUAUAUAUGUAUAUAUUGAUUUAGUACUAAACUAAUUAUGAAUGCCUGAGAAUCUAGUUCAUGAUGUAUAUAUUCUUCGACGAGCGUAAACAGAAGUGAAUUCGUGAAAUUGCAGAUAUGUUUUGAAUGUCAGUGGCAGUUUUCCUAGCAAUGAAAAACAAGCACCGGUGUUCUCUUGAAACAGAAAUGGAGGACAGUGUAAGUUAAUAAACUUUAAAAAGCUUUGGAGGACACGAUGGAUUAUAAAUGGACCGGUCUUAGACGGAAAAGACAAACACACCGCCUCCUUAGUAAAGUAUUGACCCUCCAGACACGCUCUACGUCUGAAAAACAGAAAAAGAAAUUAUACCAUUUAUUGUGCGAAUAGAAAACUAGGCAUUAAAGAGACACCAGACUUUUGCUAUUCUGAAAAGAACGAUUACUUUCUUUUACAUAUGUGCAAUCGUUAUCGAUAUUUGAGAAAAAAAACUUUCACUCUGAAGUCUAGUCAAGCCAUAGUAACGGUGAACAUAAUGACAUGGAUUGUACAUGGUCCUGGAUGUAUACAUUUUUAUUAACUUUUUUACAAGGCUUUUUGUACUUUGUGCCAUAUUUUCGAUGGGAAAAUAUACUUUUUUAUAUUUUGAAUUAGCAUAAAGAAUUUAAAUGGUA